AUGUCCAAGGAUACGGUGUCUUCGAAAUCGAAAUCUAGCUCAAAAAGCGAUCGUGGAAGUGCAUCAAUUUUCUUUUUCAAAUGGACAGCGAGCACUUUGGAUGCCUACACCAAAUCAAUUAAAAACAACUACCUGAAAGUGUUGAUUGCUCAUUGUACACGUGCUCGUGAGGGAGAUGAAGAAGCCAGCAAAAACUUUGACUAUAGUGAAUUGGGAGCCAAUCCGAGAGUGGUGAAAGAUGAUCGUGAAGACAUCAGGAGACGACUCAGAGAUGCACAGAAUCGUGUCUGGACAAAUGAGGAGGCUAAACCGGAGACGCCGAUUUCUCUAGCUGAGCUGUCAGCUGUCUAUCGCUUGAAAACACUUACGAAAAUGUGCGAGAAACUAGCUGAAAUCAUGGGAAGAAUGGUAAAAUGGUUCGAGAAUAACAGAAAGGCUUUCAACAAAGUUGUCGGCAUGACUCAAAUAUUAGAAUACAUUCUUAGAAUGUUCGAAUCGGCAUGUGCAAUGGGUGAAGUAUUCCUUCUCACUUCAGUUAAUUGGAAGACUUGCAAAUUUGCAAAACAUAUGAAUCCGAGUGCAAAGGAAUAUUCCCGUUCGGAAGAUGAGAGACUUGAAAUCACAGAAAAAGCAGAAUCGUAUUGUCCAAAGUUUCUGAGUCAGAUAAAUUAUUACAGAACCCUCGUAUACACUCUUACUUGUUCAUUUGAAGGAGUCUUGGAGACAAUAUUCAUCACUGUCAACCAAGAAAGAUGUGAAGUUCGACAGAAAGAACUUACAAUUGUUCUUCAAAAGCUGCCACCUCAAUACCUUUUCACCAAAGACACUCUCGAAUUCUCUCGUCGGACUGCAAAUCUUUUGGCGAAACCACCGAAGAACACAUUCUCAUUUCCAACACCGCAGCAGGAUAUUUCAGAACAAUCGAAAAGAGAAUCAGAAAAAAUUCUGGCGAACAGUAGGAAGUCGGCUAAAAUAUCUUCUUGUAAAUACUAUCAUGGAAGAACGGGAGAUGCGAAAAGUGGAAAAAGUGGAAAAAGUGACAAAAAAGAAACAAGUUUGAGAUCUGAGCCGACUCAACCAUCGGAGAAGAGUAAAAGUAAAAGCAAAAGCAAGAGCAAAAGCAAAUCGAAGAAGUCAAUUAUCAAAAAAGUUCUCAACAAAGGGAGCAAUUCGAAAAGAUCGGAAAAGGAUUGA